GACGAAGGCUGGAAAUUGAAUCGCACAAACUACUAUCAAGAAGGAUGGCUAGCGACAGGCAACAUACGUGGCAUCGUGGGAGUGACAUUUACCACUUCACAUUGUCGAAAGAAUAUGGACUACCCGCUCCGCACAAACUAUAACCUACGUGGUCAUAGAUCAGAUGUUAUAUUAGUAAAAUGGAACGAGCCUUAUCAGAAAUUAGCUUCAUGUGAUAGUUCCGGCAUUAUAUUUGUUUGGAUAAAAUAUGAAGGUCGUUGGUCUAUAGAAUUGAUCAACGAUCGUAACACACCAGUAACACAUUUCUCUUGGUCUCAUGAUGGGCGCAUGGCGUUAAUAUGUUAUCAGGAUGGCUUUGUGUUAGUUGGUUCAGUGGCUGGUCAACGCUACUGGUCAUCGAUGUUGAACUUAGAAUCUACUAUAACCUGUGGUAUAUGGACACCUGAUGAUCAGCAAGUAUAUUUCGGAACUACUCAGGGACAGAUUAUUGUAAUGGAUGUACAUGGUGCUAUGGUCUCGCAAGUACAAUUGUGCAGCGAUGUGGGUAUUACGUCAAUGGCUUGGUCUUGUGAAAAGUUCAAAAUGGAAGAGGGUGAAGAAGCAGAACCGGGAGUUACCAAUGCCUCAAAACGUACUUUUGUGCUUGCGGUUAGUUUUCAAAACGGUUACAUAUACUUGCUUAAAUCAUUUGAUGAUGUUUCUCCUGCUCAUAUAAAUACUGGUUUAAAUGGUUCACUCGGCAUGGUUAUGGAGUGGAGUAAUUCUCGCGAAUUAUUAGCAGUAGCCGGAACAGUUCAACAGCCUACUGCAUUGCUCGACAGUCAUGGCGCGACAAUGUAUGAAAACACACUUAAAUUCUACACUGAAAGUGGUGUUUUAUUAUACCAGGCGCGUAUACCGAAUAGUACAUCACCAGUGUCAGCCUUAACUUGGGGUCAUAAUGAUAAACGCUUAUUCAUAGCAACAGGAACACAAGUACAUAUAGCCUGGGUGUCGCGACGUGUUGCCUCGUUGCAACUUUUGUGUCGCCUACAAAUACAGGCGCGUAUAGGUUCUGAUGCCGUUGUUGCCUUGCUGCCUUUACCAUCAAGAAUUAAGUCUUUGAUCGGUAAUUUAUUUGCUCAAACUAUAAGAUGUUGUGUACCUGAUUUAAAAUCAUUAAGAGAAUUUGUUUCGCGACCUCCCGUAUGUUCCACUCGUUUGCACUGCACAAUGAUACGACAUGAUGAUGAUUCCAAUUUAAGUUCCGGUACAUGUUAUACUCUGUAUUUAGAAUAUUUAGGUGGCUUGGUGCCACUUCUAAAAGGCAAACGUACAUCGAAAAUACGUCCAGAGUUCGUUAUAUUUGAUCCACAAGUGAACGAUUCUUCAGUAUUUUUGCAAUAUUCGCCAGAUUCAAAAAGUUCCUCUGGUUCAAGUCAAUCUACUACAACGGGUAAUAGCGGACGUACUGAUUCUUCUGAUAGUGAGUAUGAAGAUCGUUGUCGUGGUUCACCCCGCACACCGCGUAAGCGUAAAAUAAGACAGAAAAAACGGCCUACAGGUAAUACAGAUAGAGCUACAGGUUCUGGAGUAACAAAUGAUCCGGAUAGCUUGGAUGAACUUGCCUAUGUAGACACAUUACCCGAGGAAGUCAAACUGGUUGAAGUUACCUCAAAUAUUUGGGGUACUAAAUUCAAAAUUCAUGGACUUGCUAAAACCGUCCCAGCCAAUUUAGGCCAAGUAACAUAUAAAACGUCCCUGCUGCAUUUGCAACCCCGGCAAAUGACUUUAGUCAUAACCGAACUACGCGACGAUUUUCCACUUGGGCCCGAUCCAAAUUUUAAUCCAAACCUCUUCUCUGAGGAUGAAGAUGAAGCUAUAGCAGCACACAACGCCAAUGGAUUAAGCAGCAGUUUGCCAAAAAACUCAACAGCUACAAAUGAGCCUUUAACAAAACCUCCUAGCAUAGCACAUCGACGACUCAAUGAAAGCGCUCCACCUAUAGCACCAAUGUCACCUCGACCUAAUCGUUUACUGACACGACAUAAAAACUCGUUAAACGGUAAUAAUCUAUCAGGUAGUAUGGGUAUGAGUCCAUUAGCCAGAGCUGAGUCUUAUGAUGACGACUCUUCCAAUGAACAACUGGAAGCAAAUAACAAUAGUGCUAUUCAAGCUUCAACAUCGACUGUUGCUGUACUUCACAAUACUACAAAUGGUACAACUAAUAAUAAAAUUUCGCGUCCAAAAAAUAUAACAACAACAACACCUGGUUCUCGUUCUGGACCUGGACCAGGAUAUAGUAGUUUUAAAAAUAAUUAUAGUCGUUCAAGUUCAAAUUCUAGUUGUCAGUCACGUCAUGCGAUAUCACCACUCUAUUGUGAUGGUUCCGUCCCUACAUUACAAUCACCAAAAAACGCGGUGGCUCCCACUGAUAUCAUAUUUGAACGGCCGGCAGUUUCAGGAGCCGGCCAAACCACUUUAAUGUCAUAUUCAUGUAAUGCGGAUUACGCGAAUAAUGUAGUUCAAGUUAAAAAUGCCAUAAUGUCCGAACCCAUACGAUCUGCAAAUAGUCAUGUUAAUCCCGUGCCAUUAAAUCUUAAUUUAAAUCUAGAACGAAUGGAUCCAAAAAUUAAAUCAGUGGCAAAUUGUGCGAAAAAACGUGAUAUACUUUUUAUUGAUGAAGAGUACCAAUCACCAACACAACAAAGUGGUGGCGCAGCAGCUGUUAUGCCCGGUACAAGCAAUGAAAUGCGUAUGAAGCGCACGCCAACUGUAGUCUCCAUAGCACCGGCCUUACCAGACUCGAUAACGCGAAGUUGUAGUGUUGGUUAUUUAGACUCAGUUGCAAUUACACCGUCCGAUGAAGCACUAUCAGCGUUACGAAAAGACGCACCUCAUAAGCGCCUUAUAUUGGUUGACAACAAAAAAAAUCGUAAGAAACGCAGCAAUAAUGAGGAUCUGCGGAAACCUAAGUUACAUCAAACAGGCAAAUCGAAGAGCUUGGAUUCAUGCGAUUUAUUGUUCGCCCAAACAAAACUCUCCAAGAAUGACAAUGAGAAAGUUUUACAGAAACUGCGUGAAAUAUCGGAGAGCAGCGCUUGCAGUAGUGCUGCCAAUACACUUUGCUUUAAGUGUCGCAACAAUAUGAAUCCCAACGAACCGUGCAAGCGUUGUCAACGCGCUUUAGGAACAACAACAAAAGAUGAUAUUACUACCUUAGAGAUAAGCGCUAAACCGACACCAGUAAAGACAGUUAUAAACAAGAACGUACAUCUAUUUGAUAAUAUCUGUAAACAGCAGUCCCAAAAAAUUGAAACACCAGUCAAAAAGCGUUUGGACAUAAUCACCAGUUUCACCGAUAGCCCACUUUUCACACGCAAACACCGUUUCGGGAACUAUCGUAACAAAGAAGUGACUAAUGGUGAAACAAACGGAGACUCUGCGAACACCACAACCACAUCGAACACUUUCAGCUUAGUGAAGCAGUUGUCGGAAGUACGCUGGAGACGAAAGGAAGCACAAAAUAAUGGACAGAACUCAAAUCAACAACAUACUGCUAAUCUGAAUCAGACAGCACAACAACAGCAAACACAUAGUAACGGAUCUAACACGAAUGGGAAUGGUACUACAAUCGAAGCGACACCUGUGGAAACUAAAACGUCCGUUUCUCUUCAUACACAAGCAUUGACAACUUUAGAAAAUAUCAUAAGUCGCUUACGUGAUCUGGAUGAAGGUCGUUUUACGCCACCAGCUUCACCUCAAAGAAUGCCACGCAGUUCUCCAGCAUCACCUGCCGCCAGUAAAAAGAACAAACGUCACCAAAGUAGUUCGCCUAUUAGGAAUAUACUGAAUUCUCCACUACUUAAUCGUAGGCAACGCAAAAAACAAACAAUUAUAGAGAGUUCAGAUGAUGAGGCUAAUUUAACUAAUGGAUCAGGUGAAGAAAAUGGUGGCAACAAUGGUUGCAGCAAGCAAUACCGUGAUUUGGAAACAUUUCAAAAGGCACAAUUAAGACAAAAGUUGAAACGUGGUAAAAUUGAACCGAAUGGUUUGUCCAAUUGUUCCAACCCAGCGCCAGUGCGGAGAGAAUUUGUUAUGCAUAAUAAAGCGCCAAUGUGGAAUGAAAUGAGUCAAGUAUAUCAAUUGGAUUUUGGAGGACGUGUUACACAAGAAUCGGCAAAAAAUUUUCAAAUCGAAUUUAGAGGGAAACAAGUUAUGCAGUUUGGACGUAUCGAUGGCAACGCCUAUACACUGGAUUUUCAGUAUCCCUUCUCUGCAUUACAGGCGUUCGCUGUGGCUUUGGCAAAUGUCACUCAACGCUUAAAAUAAAUACGCUUCCCUUUAUGAUAUUUUAAAAUUUCAUUCCUAUUAAAUGUACAUAAAGUAUCAAAUCACAGAAAUACAAAAACAUUAUGAAGUUCACAAAAUAAACCAAUGGUUGCAAAAAUGCUCUCGUGUAAACGCAAAAAAAUAUUUUAUUUAUUUAAAGGACACAUUUGCUAUAUACAAUAUUCAAUCGCCAAGUACCAUUUAUGCAGUGGUUUAAAGCCAGCUUUUUAAUUAUUUUUUAAAAUAAAUUAAAAUAAGGAUAUUUGUA